UAAAAAGGAUCCUGAUCUGAAAGUUCAGCUAGCCUUAUCAUUAUGAAGGCUAGAUCCACAGGUCGCUGGCUUCUACCUGUACUUGCAGGAUUAGUUUUGUUAACCGUCGUUCAGGCUGGCUCAUAUGGCUGGAAGAGACCGUUAAAAGUGGUCCACAAGGUCAUCCACGUUCCCCACCCUGUGCCCGUCCCCAAACCUUACCCAGUCCAUAAACCUUAUCCUGUUCCCCACGUAAUCCAUGUUCCCCACAAGGUUCCUGUGCCCAUCAAAGUUCCCAUUGUGAAAACUAUACCCAAGGUGGUGCCUAUCCCUAAGAUAGUACACAUACCUAGGACUGUUCAUGUUCCCCAUCCUGUUCCAGUCAGGGUUCCUGUUCCAGUUCACAAGCCCGUCCCUUACCCUGUUUACAAGAAAGUACCCGUUCCACACGAGGUUCCUGUCCCUUACCCUGUCCAUGUGCCCAAGCAUGUUCCAGUUCCUGUUCACAAAAUCGUCCACGUCCCUAAGCACGUUCCAGUCCCUGUAAAGACCCCUGUGUACAAGCAGGUGAUCGUCAAGAAACCAGUUGAAGUGCCUGUCCCAAUAUGGGUUAAGAAGCCCAGUUAUGGACAUGGAGGUGGUGGCUAUGGCGGUGGUGGCGGUUUCGGAGGCGGUGGUGGCGGCUUCGGAGGCGGUGGUGGCUAUGGAGGUGGUGGCGGCUUCGGAGGCGGUGGUGGUUAUGGAGGCGGUGGUGGCUAUGGAGGCGGUGGUGGCGGCUUAGGAGGCGGUGGUGGUUAUGGAGGCGGUGGUGGCUACGGAGGCGGUGGCGGUGGCGGCCAUGGUGGUGGAUGGGAUUGGGAUUGA